GAGUCUGGGGUGCACGGUUGCAGUGUAAAGGGCUGUUACAGUUGAAGAAAACUCAACGCAAGGGUCCAUUAAGAAAACGCUUAACUUGUGUUUGCUUGGUGAUAACAGUGUGUAUUCAUGAUAACGUGACGUGGUUUUGUCCAGGAAGUGUCUGUUAUAUUCGGUGUAUAAUCGGGCAACAUUCAUGCCAGAUAACCUGUCGUUUUUUGCUGCUUUUAGCUCGGUAUGUCGGAUGAAGAUUCCCGUGCCAGCACUAGCUCUUCAUCCUCUUCAUCUUCAACUCACCAACAACAACAUCAGCAGCAGCAGCAGCAACAACAGCAACAACAUCAGCAGCAGCAUCAGCAGGAAGCAACAUCUCCCCCAAAGAAACGAGAAAGCAAAGCCAGCAUGAGCAAAACGUCCAAACUGCUCACCACCAGUGCUAAAAGAAUUCAGAAGGAACUGGCCGACAUCACGCUGGACCCACCUCCAAACUGCAGCGCUGGUCCCAAAGGAGACAACAUCUACGAGUGGAGGUCGACCAUCUUAGGUCCUCCAGGCUCCGUGUACGAGGGAGGAGUGUUUUUCCUGGACAUCGCCUUCACACCAGAUUACCCCUUCAAACCACCCAAGGUGACGUUCCGCACGAGGAUCUACCACUGUAACAUCAACAGUCAGGGCGUGAUCUGUCUGGACAUCCUGAAGGACAACUGGAGUCCUGCCCUCACCAUCUCCAAGGUCCUGCUGUCCAUCUGCUCCCUGCUGACCGACUGCAACCCUGCGGACCCUCUGGUAGGAAGCAUCGCCACACAGUACACAACAAACAGACCCGAACACGACAGGAUAGCCAAACAGUGGACCAAACGCUACGCCACAUAAUCACAACAGCGACCCCUGGUGGGAUGUGGUGGAGAUAGAUGUGGAGGUGUGAACUCGGGGUGGGGGGUGUGUGUGUUUUUUUUGUUUUUGUUUUUUUUUAAUCUCAGAAUUGAAGUCUUAUCUCCUCUCUCUCUCUCUCUUUGUUACCUUUGGCCCAACUAUAAUCACACCUGAUGUGUUUUGAGUUUUUUUUUUUCUUCUAUUGUUGUUUUUAAGCUCGUGCUUGAAGGAUCAACAUUAAAGUGAAAGUUCAGGUUUUGUUUUUGAAGUGCGAUUGUAUGAGGUACAGACAGUCAGCGCCGACCGUGGACGCACAAGACAAAUCCUUAGAUGGCAUUUUCUGACAUUUUUACUCUGCCACACCAAAGUCCAUAGAGGAAACCAGCGUUUUUAGCCCAUGGAGGCACAGGGCUGGUCCACUGCUGCCUCGUGUGGUCAGUUUGUGUCACUGUAGUAAAUCAGAACAAAGGAUUUCAAACACCAGAGUCCCAAAAUAACACAUUUGAACUCACUGAUGGAGGCAGCAGUGGAUCAAAAGCUCCUGUGUCUCUGUGACGUUAAAAUCACAGAUUUUCUCUAUGGGGUUUAGUGUGGGAGAGCGUGUGGUUUACAAAUUGACAGCACCUCAUACAAACACACUUCAAAAAAACAACCUGAACUAACCCUUUAAUACUUGAGUGCUUGAUGAAAUGUGUCGCAACAUGAUUCCGAACCCCGUCACUGUAAACUCUCACUCCCCCUGCUGUCUGAACGGGUGCGUUACACGUGUUGAGAUGAUGAUGACCGGAUGACCGGAUGUUUGGAUGUCAGUUGUGGUUUGUGUCGUCGUGUUCCCGAUGAACGGCUGUUUAUUUUCACCCUGUAAACAUGUGAACAACACGACCGAGUUCGGUUUGAUCAUUUCAACCCCCCGCUUCCCCCCACCCGCCAAAAUAAAACUCUGAGAUGGUUUAAUAUGAA